AGCAUCGUGGUACAGCGCUACUCUCUUCGUGCGGUUGUUCACUGUCCUUCUCGUGAGACCAAUUCAAACGCUUUCUGUAGCUUUUGCGUUUGACUAAAUGGAGUCCCAAAAUACGGCAAUUUGCUCCUUCUUUGUUUCAUGCAGUUUUACAUUCCCAACCCCUGCGCGACCUCGGACGAAUUUACUUUGAUUCACAACAUAUGUACCCCCAGCGAGCCAUUUUCGUUAAACUUAAAUUGCAGCUAUGUGUCUUUACUGUGCUAAUGACACAAGCACAACUAUGCCUCUAGACAUGAUCUUCUCACCCCCCUAAGGACCAAAUGUCAUCUUCUGCUCCUGCAACGCAGGUGCCGCAGCGGUCGCCAACUUUCGGGGCGGAAGGCGAGCAAGCCGUCGCUUUUGAGCCGUCACUCAGCAAGCAGGGCAGCGUACUAGAAGCUGCUGGUUCUCACCCGAAGACGGCGAAGCUCUUCCAGUCCGCCGUCGCACACGUGAUCCACCGUCGUAGAUUGGACGAUGAGCGGAAGAUUGCGGAACAGUGCUUCAAGCGGCCCACCGCCGUCCUCGAGCACCAGCGUGCGACCCAAAACAAGCGAAACCACCCCACCGCGGGGAUCGGGAAUGUUGCAGGAGCUGCUUCAUCUGCUCCUGGUGCACCUCCAAGUGGCACCACUACUACACCAGGAGCCGGAGUAGAGAGUACCAGACAGGGUACGAAGAACACAAUCAGCAUUCCCAGCACCGCGCCCGCGGCGGCCGGUUCUAGCGCGGAAAGAACGGGGGUUUAUGCAGUGGACAAGGACGAGAAGGACUACAACAUCCUCCGUGUGCCGGGGAGUGUGGGUUCUAUUAACGGGACAAGUGGACGAGAAGACAACUUGGAAGACUACGAGGAUUUCCCCGUUUCUGGCACGAGCGACUUCGAAGCCACGCGGGCCUCCGUGGACCACAUCCUGGACGCACGGGAGGCAAACUGGAACCACUUGCAACAAUCCAUGCUGCACCGCCACCACGGGGCCCGGUCGUACCUGAAGGCCAAGACCGCCCGGCUGUUUUCCCGGCGGAAGAAGAAGAAGCCCGGAGUCAGCGAUGGGGGGCCGGGGAGUUCCUCCGACGGCGGACGAGAGCUCCACCGUCAUCUCCAUAAGGAACCAUCAGAGAACAAAUUUCACAAGGGCUCGCGAUUUGCGAAGGCGCUGAAGAAGACGCCGUGCCCCAAUCGGGUCGGCGUGGAGGUGCACGCCGUGCAGCAGGAGCAGGUCGCGACCGUGGCGGCGGCGUUGCGGCAAGGCAUCCUGGAGGUGAUGGGCGGCGCGACUUCUGACGCAGCUGGUGCAGCUGGUGUAGAGAUGCAAGAACCGUCUCCUGACGACGCUGACGAUGUGGAGUUCAAAGACGCCGAGGCGGAGCUCUUGCAGCACGUGGGGAACACCCCGGGGGACCAGAUGCAGCUGGAGGCGUUGGUUCGGGACCGCACUCAGUCAAUCUCCAGGUCCGACGCGGGAAAGGGCUCGGAUACCUCCAAUAAAUCUCCAGAGGGGGAGGUGCACAUGAAAAAUGCUCCACCUGCUCCUGCUCCACCACCAGGGGGGACGACCACCAGCAAUGUUCAACAACAUCAUCUUAGAGCGCCUAAUAGUACAACUACCCUGCCUAGUUCGGCUUCCCGAGGAGAUGAAACGCAGACCACACACACCGUAAAGUUUCGCAUUCGGAGCUACCAGCCGGCGAAGUUUGCGAAAGUGCAGAAAGCCUUCCACAUCCCCGAGGACGAGUACAAAGACUCGUUCCUGCACGGCAAGGAGUUCUAUUGCAUUUCCACGGAGAUGGCCGCGGGGCGGUCUCCUGCGUUCUUCCUGCUCACGACCGACCAGCGGUUCAUCCUGAAGAGUUGCACGGCGCGGGAGGAGAAGCUGAUGCUCGAGAUUCUGCCCGAUUACGCCGAGCACGUGGAACAAAGCUGUGGCGGGAGGACAACAGGAGUGGCCGGACCUCCAGGCUUGGAGGCCGGAAACAGUUACGACCGACGAGAGCCGACUACAGGGGCGAACAAGCGGAGCCAGCAACUACGCGGUGCCACUAACACCGCUCCUGCGGAAACCACGAAAGAGAAAACCGCGGACCCGCAGCUCCAGCUGCCUUCGCAAAACUCUUUCCACACCGCCGCCAGUGUUGUCGGGCAAACAUCGACGGAACAUCAUCAAACAAACAGGACCGAUUUGUCAAACAUGAGUGCUGCGACGCCCGAAAUAACUGAUAGAAGUACAACAGGCGCGGCAGGUCGCGGCAGCAGAGGAGACGAAUCACUGUCCCUAGGUUCCAUCGUUUCGAACAACGUCUCAGAUGGGGACGAAUUCGGGCAGACUUCUACCUCUGCGGGAGCCGGGGGUGGUCCAGGAGCUACUUCCAAAAGGGGGCCUGGAUUGGCUCUUCCGGUCCGGUCGCCCGGAACGACGUUCACGACUCCCGCAACGAGUUUGCUGCCCCAGUACUUCGGGUUGUACAAAAUCGAGUUCAUCGACGAGAACCCAUCUAGUACUUCUUCCGGGAAGAAAUUCGAAAAGGAGCACUUCACGUUCGUCUGCAUGGCGAACAUUUUCUGCGGCAUGUACAAGAUCAACUGCAAGUACGACCUGAAAGGAUCCACGGUCGGCAGAAAGGCGCGAAAAGGGGGUCAUGCUCCAGGGCCUGCUCGUGCACCACCACCUUCAGGAGGGCAACACCAGCAAGAUGGUGUAGGUAUAACAGUAGAUCCUAGUACCAGCGGGGCGAUUACUUCUAGUGCUUUUCCUCACGCGCAGCACCAGCACGGCGCAACAAGCGAGACCCAUGAGCAUGAGGAGGAGCAGCUGGUUUUGAAGGAUCUGGAUUGGAUCGACGACCAAGCUUCCUCGACAAAAUUGCGGCAGUUGAAAACCGUCCGGAACGCGAAGAAGUGCCUGCAAAUCGUGGAUUCGCUGGAGCGAGACGUCGCUUUUCUGCAGCGCAACAACUUGCUGGAUUACUCCCUCCUCGUUGGGUUGCACUUCAAGCCGAAGGCCGCUUUGAACGCCAAGGGGACGGCGGGGAGUAUGAGCAACAUUCUGUACGGGCGGGAGGACUAUGUGCCUUUCGGCGUGCAGGUGGUGGAGAAUGACAAACUGCUGUCUUACAUCGGCAUCGUCGACAUCUUGACGACCUACGGCCUGCGGAAGCGGGCGGAGACCUGCCUCUUUUGCGGGACCUGCAGAAACAUCAGCUGCCAACCCCCGGCCACGUACGGAAACCGCUUUUUAGAGUUUGCCCGGCACGCGGUGUUUCAAGUCGAUCAGGAGGUGGUGGAGCCAGAUGUGAAUAGCAAAGCCAACCUGACAAAGGUAAAAGAUGAAGCGGACGACAGCAAUAGUAGAAAUUGUACAACGCCGUUAGCUCAAGGACAUAAUCCUGCUAAACAUCUCGCCGCUUCUAAAAGUAGAGAAGGCUCGUCUCCCGAUAAACUUACAGCUGCAACGGCAGUCGAGAGAGGGGAUAGUUCACAGGGGGCGAUGACAGGUGAGCCGGCUACUAAUAGUACUUCCCUGCAGCUGGUGUCACACGAACAGGACUCCGUAGGUAGGGACACGAAAGUUACAUCGCGUAGCACGCAACUUGUUUCAAUACAGGAAAGCGAUCUUCGUGUAUGAUCUUCGAGCUAUCGUUUGGCGGUGAGAAAGGAGUUCACAAGAAAACAGCGUUAGAUGACAUUUAACAUGAGCUUGACUCACUACUGAUUUUGAUACCUACAACACUGGGGCGGACCCGUCCAUUUUGAUGUUUAGAAAGAAACGCAAAAAGACAAGAGCCCAAAGACGAAUUUGCUGC